GCUGUCGAAAAGAUACAAACAUUCUUGAGACAGUCUUGCAUUUGCUCAGCGCCCCAGUCUAUAAAAAGCCUCGCGAUAGACUGCGACGAGUCAGUGACCACUGGACAUGGAGCCUCAGAGCGGCGCCACCAACUUCAACCCCUGGCGCGACUACCUGCAGCUGAAAAGCACGCUCCUGCAGGAAGCGCCGGGGUCCCGCGCUUCCUCGGCCCGCUCGGCGGCGGGGGCAGGCUGGCACGAGCUGGCACCGCCGGGCCUCGGCGCCAAGCCUCGCGGCCCCGGAACCGCUUCCACUUCCGCUUCCGGUCCCGGUCCCGGUCCCAAGCAGACCUCGAACGGCGUCGGCUGCACCUUCUGCAGGAAAAACGAAGAGGCGCCGGCGGUGUACACCUCGCACCUCCUGAAGAGGAAGGACGGGACGGUCUCCUGCCCGAUUCUGAGGAAGUACACGUGUCCGCUGUGCGGGGCGACCGGCGACCGGGCGCAUACAGUCAACUACUGCCCACGGCGCGGUGUACCGAGCGCCACCGGCACGGCAGCCCCGCGCUGAGCCUCGCGCUGAGCCCGAUUCGGGACCGGAAGCGCGUGUAACGCGUCACCUCAAGACCUGUGAAGGUGUGUCCUGCGAGGUUCACUGACGUCUUCGAUAAUUAUAUUAUUCGACAAAAAAUCACCUUAACACGAAAGACCCGUGUGUUUAUAUGUUUCGAUGUGUUUUCCUUUAAAUUUGUUUACCAGUGUUUUGUAAAAUUGUUUCUUUUUCACCGUGAUUGUCUGUAGUACUUGCACCAUGUCUGAAAGGAUAUUGCUAUUUGUAUAUGCUUUUGUAUCGAGAAGCUUUUUGUUUCUGAUUUAACAAAUGAAUGUAACUAAUGGGAUUCGAAAGGUUUAUCUGAAGGUUUUUGAAUAUUCCUUGUAAAGUUCUUUAUCAAGACAUUUAUUCCUGAUAAACGUAUUUAUUUCUUAUAAAGACAUUUAAGAUGUCUUUAUGAAAAUUUAGUUGUAUGGUCCUUUCCAAUGUUUUGAAUGUCCAUUUUUUGCCCCGAACCUUUCGAAACAUAUUUAUUAGAGAAUUAUUUUAUUGUGUACAUUUGAGUUUUAUUUCAUUUUCAGGCUACCCACAAUAUGUUUGAAAUAUUAAUAAUCAAUAUUAUUUACAACCUACAAUUGCAGUGAUAGAUUUUUCCAGUGCACAUAAGAUUCAAAGAUUGAUUUCUUGAUUGCAGCACACAUUGUGAUACUUUAACUUGUUCGUAUCAAAGUGUUGAGUAAAAUUACACUUGACCUACAAUCUGUGAAGUUAGUGAAGUAACAGAUCUCGCUGUAUAAAAAUACUAAAACCCCAUUAAAAAGAGUUACAUAA